AUGGCGACAGCUGAUAUUGAACGACAUGACUUCAACCAACAAUUAAAAUUAUUCUAUACAGAAAUAAAUGCAUUCAAGAAACCAGAGUGUCUUGCAACCAUUGAAAAAUCAUCAAUCGGAUCCACUUACUUAUCUGCCCAUAGGCAAUUGGAUGAAUAUGAAAGUUUAUCUAUUCAACACCAGCUGCAUUGUAAAAUGUCGCAUCCAUUUUAUAAAGUUCUCUUCGUUGGCACGGUCAGAUUUACAGUGUCAGAUGGAAAAAUGCUUGACGAUGGAUGUGUUGCUUUUGAAGAUGGUCAAGGUACUUUAGAAGCGGGUUUUAUUCGUGCAAUACAACAUAGUAAUUGUUCAAACAUGGAGACAGUGAUCUAUGUGGAAAAGUUCAUCAUCCAGAAAUGUCUUGCAGUAAACAUCGAUGUCGCCAAUCAAUCUUCACCAGUCAACAUCAUCUGUUCUGAUUUUGUCUUUAUUCGAUAUCGGGUCAAAUCGUACCAAUUAGUCCUAUUAACUUAAUCGAGAAGCUGUCGUACAUACAACUGAGUACGAAAGAUUUUAUCAUUAUACGUUAUCCCAAUUUGUUAGAAAGCUCCUAGUAAAUUCAUUGAUGACUCUUUCUUCUCAAAUCCCAACUUAGUUGUCAUACACAUAUAUAUUAAAUAAAGAUUAUUAUAUUCUUCAAACAUCUUGGUUCUCUCCUUCAAGUAUUCAAUAGAAAUUCAGUCUAAAAGUCACAUGAUGUACAAAUUGCAAAAACUAUGUCAUUAAUUUGCUCUUAACUCAGCAACAAAAAAAAGUGUAGCAUGUCUAAUUUAAGAGUAACAAGACUAAUGCAGUGAUUUUUAUUUUUCAAGAAUAGACAAUUUAACGGAAUGAAAAUGAUGGAAAAGUAAUGAAAGUACUGUUAUUAUUAUAGUUUUGCAAAAAAAAUCAAGAUUACCUGAUAAAAAUGAUGAAAAAGAAAUAAAACUAAUGCAGUGAUUUCAGUUUUUUAAAAUAGACAAAUUAAUGCAGUGAAAAUGAUGUAAAAGUAAUGAAAUUAAUGCAGUGAUCUUAAUUUUUCAAGAAUAGACAAUUUAAUGAAAUAAAAACGAUGCAAAAAUAAUGAAAGUACUGUUAUUAUAAUGCUUUUGUAAAAAAUUAAGAUUAUCUGAUGAAAAUCAUGAAAAAGAAAUAAAACUAAUGCAAUGAAUUCAAUUUUUUAAGAAUAGACAAUUUAAUGAAGUGGAAAUGGCUCAAAAGUAAUGAAACUAAUGCAAUGAUUUUAAUGUUUCAAGAAUACAGAAUUUAAUGGAAUAAAACUGAUGCAUAAAUAAUGAAAGUACUGUAAUGAUUAUAGUUUUGUAAAAAAUCAAGAUCGUAUGAUGAAAAUGAUGCAAAAAAAUAAAACUAAUGCAAUGAAUUCAAUUUUUUAAGAAUAGGCAAUUUAAUGAAGUGAAAAUGAUGCAAAAGUAACGAAACUAAUGCCGUAAUUUUAAUAUUUCAAGAAUAGAGAAUUUAAUGGAAUAAAAAUGAUGCAAAAAUAAUGAAAGUACUGUAAUGAUUAUGGUUUUGUAAAAAAAUCAAGAUCAUCUAAUGAAAAUAAUGCGAAAAAACUAAAACUCGUGCAAUGAUUUUAAUUUUUCUGAAAUAGACAAUUUAAUGGAAUGAAAAC